UGGGCUUCAAGACUCCCCAGGAAUGUGGCAGGCCCUAGGUGGCGGGGCAGUGUCGUUCCUGAGCCAGGCUGAGGCUGCUCCCCGAGCUGGGGUGAGUACCCCUGGGGUACCCCUCAGACCCUCCCUGGGACUGCAUGGGGACAUCGCAGGAAGUGCCAGCUGCCAAUCAGGAGCCACGCCCUAUGUCCGGCUCAGGGACGGCCUGCCCAGAAGCUGCAUCCACCCUCAUCACCCUCCGCAGCCCAGCGCACUGCACCAGGCAGGCCCUGAUGUGGCCUUGCCAGGACCCAGCCCCAUCCAGUUCCCAGCUCUGCACUGUGCUGGGAAGAGCGUGGUUGCAGGUGGUCAGGCCUGCCCUCCUCGGCUGGUGGUCAUCCUCCUCCUCCCAGAAACCCUCAGCACUGGCCUAGGUAGCUCAGCAGUUCCUCCAGGGCUGGCGGCUCAAGGAAGAGACGAAGAAGGGUUGCUGCAGAGGUCCCCAAGGAGGGAGACUGCAGCCCAGCCUGGUCCCUGUGGGACUUGGAGCCAAACAUCUUGGGACCCAGAAAGUAUCCCGACAUCCAGCCUGCUCCGUGCUGCCCAGCCUCAAGUGUCAGAGCCAGCAGCAGCGACAAAGGGCGCCCUGAGAGUGUGUGGUGCACUGUGCUGUGAUGCAUGGUUGAGCCCGAGACCCAGAGACCAGAGUGCUGUUGGCUCAGUGUGCAUGGAAAUUGAGGCCUGAGGGAGCUGAUGUGCUCCAGGGGAAGAGC